UCCCCGGCGAAGGCAUUCCGGUCCGGAGCGCCUGGGCUUGCCGCGCGUGAGCGGCGUCUGAGGUCCCCACCGGGUCCCAGAUUUUGGGUGAACACCAUUUACCUCUCUGCCAUAAACGGGACCAUAGAACAAAACCAUGAGAAGUUACACAGUGAAUCCAGUGUCCAAAACUGAACCUCCAGGUAAUGGCUAUGACAACCCUGCUUUCUAUUUGGAUGAAGAACCUGCACCAAAUGGUCGUUUAAAGAAGAAGAAGAAGAAAAAAAAGAAAAAUGAGAAGCCGGAGAAGAAAGGGGAGGCAGUUGGCUUUUUUGAGCUGUUUCAUUUUGCAGAUGGGCUAGAUAUUACUUUAAUGAUAGUGGGGUUAAUCGCAGCUGCUACAGCUGGAACUGGACAGCCACUUUUAAUCAUCGUCUUCGGCCAGAUGACAAACAGCUUUGUGGCGACCAGCCACAAUAAUAAAACAGAAGCUGCACUAGCUAAUAUCUCAGGAUGUCCACCUUCAGAUAUAGAAAACGACAUGGCCACGUAA